AUCUGUAUAACCAAAGAAAGUUUCUUUUCUUGAUUCCAAUGGCUGAUUCUUUGGUUUUGCCGAUGGCUUCCAUUGUUGCCAAUGACCAGUUUUCUUUGUGUUCUCGAAACUGCGGUUUCCCUCCACGUUUACUGACAUCUAAGUGCUUCUCUUCGAGUAAGAACAAGUUGCCCCUGAGUCGGCAAUCGUUCCUCCCGCUCCGCCACCGAGUCGUCCCUAUUCGAGCUCUUGAAUCCGACGUUCCUCGCCCGCUUCACAAGGGAUCAGUGGAUUUUAAGCGUAAAAAAGGCUAUGAGCAAUGGGAUUCCUUGACAUCUACGUUUUCUGGGGCGGCGAAUAUACCAUUUUUAUUGCUUCAGUUGCCUCAGAUCAUCCUCAACGCUCGCAAUCUUCUGAUAGGGAAUAAGACUGCCCUUCUGGCGGUACCAUGGCUGGGAAUGUGCACCGGCUUGUUGGGAAACCUUUCAUUGCUUUCUUACUUUGCCAAGAAAAAGGAAAAGGAGGCAGUUGUGGUGCAAGCACUAGGAGUGGUAUCGACAUAUGUGGUGAUUGCUCAGCUUGCAAUGGCAGAAGCUAUGCCUAUCCCUUAUUUCGUGGCCACUUCUGUUGUUGUGGGUUCUGGACUCGUUUUAAAUUUUUUGAAUUAUUAUGAUAUGCUCAACACUACAAUCUGGCAAUUUUGGGAAGAUUUUAUUACUGUUGGUGGACUUUCCGUGCUUCCCCAGAUAAUGUGGUCCACGUUUGUCCCAUACAUACCCAAUAGCAUCUUGCCAGGGGCAGUAGCAUUUUUUCUAGCCGUAGCAGCUGUUACUAUGAAACAUAUGGGCAGACUUUCGGAAAAAGGUGUCAAAUUUGUGGGAGCUAUUUCCGGAUGGACGGCAACUCUUCUUUUUAUGUGGAUGCCAGUUUCACAAAUGUGGACGAAUUUUCUUAACCCUGAUAAUAUUAAAGGCCUAUCAGCGAUUUCAAUGUUGCUUGCUAUGAUUGGAAAUGGACUUAUGAUCCCACGUGCACUAUUUAUUCGCGAUUUUAUGUGGUUCACUGGUUCUGCUUGGGCAACUCUCUUCUAUGGUUAUGCCAACAUCGUAUGCUUAUACUUUUUCAAUUCUAUCAGCCGGGAAUUCUUCUUUGCUGCAACGGCUGGUUUAAUUUCAUGGCUAGGAAUGGCACUAUGGAGAGACACCGUUGUGCACGGAUACGAAUCACCGCUAAGAACUUUGAAAGAGUUGGUUUUCGGAUCGUAAGCUGAAGCGAGUUGCAAAAUCCGACAGUGGGUUGCUGCAUCAUCAGGAGCCAUGAGGUAUGCUUUUGCUAAGAUCCCAAUCUUUUUUGCAGCCUAAAGAGUUAUCCAAAAUGGAUAGUAGUUUAUGUUUCUAGUUACCAUGGAUUUCAUUUGCAAAG